GCCGCCGCCGCCGCCGUUAGCGCCGCCGGUGCCGGCGGGGCUCUAUGGGGAGAACAUGGCUCCCUUCCCCGAGGAGGUGGACGUCUUCUCGGCGCCGCACUGGCGGAUGAAGCAGCUCGUCGGCCUCUACUGCGACAAGCUGUCCAAGACCAACUUCUCCAACAACAAUGACUUCCGGGCUCUUCUGCAGUCCCUCUAUGCCACGUUCAAGGAAUUCAAAAUGAAUGAGCAGAUUGAAAAUGAGUGUAUCAUUGGCUUACUUCAGCAACGGAGCCGGACAGUGUACAACGUGCACUCGGACAACAAACUCUCUGAGAUGCUUAGCCUGUUUGAGAAAGGGUUAAAGAAUGUAAAGAAUGAAUGCGAACAGCUAAACUAUGCGAAACAGCUGAAGGAGAGAUUGGAAGCCUUUACCAGGGAUUUCCUUCCUCAUAUGAAAGAGGAAGAGGAGGUUUUUCAGCCAAUGUUGAUGGAAUACUUUACUUACGAAGAGCUGAAAGAUAUUAAGAAGAAAGUAAUUGCACAACACUGCUCACAAAAGGAGGCUGCAGAAUUCAGAGGUCUUAGUAAGUGGAAUCAAGCUGAAGAGCCUUCAGAAGGUCUUUAAGUAUUCUGUGAUGAGAAGGCAGAUCAAGAAACUGAAGUAACAGGGCACACCACAAAUAUUACUAAUCUUCCUCCUGAAGUAAUGGUGACCAUUUUCAGUUACCUUAACCCCCAAGAGUUAUGUCAGUGUAGUCAAGUAAGCACUGAAUGGUCACAGUUGGCUAAAACUGGAUCUCUUUGGAAACAUCUUUAUCCUGUUCGCUGGGCCAGAGGUAAGUUAAAUUUAAUUCUUUCUUUGAAAGCAUGUCAAUUAUAGAGUUUGAAUCAACAG